CACCGCACGGCACCGCACCAACAUCACCCAUUGAAUUCAACGAGGAUCUCACUCGCUCGACGUCACUCAUCUCAUCCAAUUCGGCCUGCUGUACCAAACUCAAGAUGUCUAAGAGAGAUCGCGACGGAAACACGCGGACUCAUGAGCCCAAGCAGAAGCCGGCGGUGCCCGAGUCGCAGUUCACCCCCAUGUUUAUGAACUUCCGAAAUGAGCUCGACCAGCACCAUGACCGGAGGGAGCGCAUCAUCAAGGCGUCACGAGACGUGACUGCUCUAAGCAAGAAGAUCAUCUUCACCUGUCAAAGAGUCAACAAGCUGGGCGACCUCCCCAACUUCGCAAACAAGGAAAUUGCUACACGUAUGGAAGAGAUCAAGAACCACCUAACCGCGAUUGAGGGUGAUAUCCAGGGCAUCAACCGCUAUCGCUACGCCUACUCCCUGCGUUGCCUAGAGGAGCUUGUCGAAGCCCUGUCGUUCGUCCACUACCUCCGAACCCAGACCCUCAUCACCCCGGAAGAGACUGCCGCCGCUGUACCGGCCAAUGUCCCCAUUACCGAGAACGACUACAUGUACGGCCUGUUCGACCUCUUUGGCGAGAUGAUGCGUUUUGCCACCGUCACCACCGCCCAGACUGGCCAGCUGGCCGGCGUCGAGGGCCGUAACAUCCUGGCGGACAUCCACGAGCUAAGCAGCUGCUUCGAGAUCCUCCCAGAGAUCCCGACAAAGGACUUCAGGGGCAAGAUGGAGGUCAUGCGGCAGUCGGUGCGCAAGGUGGAGAAGCUUGGCUAUGGAUUGGCGAUCCGUGGUACGGAACGGCCCAAGGGCUGGGUCCCUGAUAUGAAGGAGGACUUCGAUCCUUCGUCCCUGGACUAAGCGCAUUUUUAUUUAUUUAUUUGCGCAGAAAACUGUAUGUCUUUCGACACAGGAGAUAAAGAAUGAGACAUCACGAAUGGUAGUACAAAUGCAGCCAAAUGA